CAUUCAGAACGACCUUCCCCUUCAAUGCUAUUUCCGGAGACUAUAAAUAGUGCGUUAACUCCAGAGUGACUUUGAUUCCAUUUUUAACUGUACACAAGUAAUGUAGUUACUAACUAUUAACUCUGCCUUUGAGAGGGCCAGUGAUACGAUGAAGAGAAUAGUGAUAUUUAGAAAUGGUUCCAAUGUAGACGGAAAGGUGAUAGCAGUAACACACAGUCUAGAGGAGGUGCUUCAGGAAGCAGGAAGGAAAGUUGGGUUUGAAGUUAAGAAAUUAUAUACACCUCAAGGAGGACUAGUGGAUGACAUCAAGCUAAUCAGGGAUGAAGAUGUUAUGUAUGUGUCACCUGGAGAACCAUUUAUAGAACUCAACAAGAGAGUGCAGUGGACUCCCAGUGAUGGGGACUCGAUGCAUACAAGUUUGAAAGUUGGCAGUAGUGAUAAUUGGAUCACACUGAAUGUAGGAGGCAGGCUGUUUACUACCACCAGAAGUACGCUCACAGGAAAAGAAACUGACAGCAUGCUUGCCAGGAUGUUUGCUGAUGAAGGAGCAUCAUCAUGGCAGAGCAGUGUAGAUGAACAUGGGGCAUAUCUCAUUGACAGAAGUCCUAUCUACUUUGAACCAAUACUCAACUAUCUCAGACAUGGGCAACUGAUUUUAGAUAAAAACAUCAAUCCUCAAGGUGUUUUAGAAGAAUGCAAGUUUUUUGGAAUUACAUCACUGGUAGAACAACUUGAGGCUAUUGUCAGGAAACAACAGCCAGCUGAAGAUUUCACUCCAAUUUCCAGAAGAGAAUUUGUAUUUUCACUAAUGUCUACAAAUACUACCACUGAUCUGAGGUGUCAGGGUCUUAAUUUCACAGGAGCAGACCUGUCCAAGCUAGAUCUGAGACACAUUAAUUUCAGAUAUGCCAUUCUUAAAGGAACAAAUUUGAGUGGGGCCAAUCUAUCCCAGUGUAACUUUGAGAGAGCAGAUCUUUCACAUGCAAUACUUGAUGGUGCUAUAUUGCUUGGAGCAAAGUUCAUGUGUGCAUGUUUGGAAGGUGCAUUAAUGAAAGGUUGUAAUUUUGAAGACCCUGCUGGCAGUAGAGCAAAUAUGGAAGGUGCCAAUAUGAAGAAUGUGAAUUUAGAAGGCAGCCACAUGGCUGGUGUUAAUCUCCGAGUUGCCACAUUAAAGAACAGCAAUUUAAAGAACUGUGAUCUGAGGGCUGCAGUGUUGGCUGGAGCUGAUCUGGAAAACUGUGACCUCUCUGGUUGUGAUUUACAAGAGGCUAACCUGCGUGGUGCCAACUUGAAAGGAGCAUCAUUAGAACUCAUGUUGAAUCCACUUCAUAUGUCACAGACGAUACGCUAGUCCACAUUCAGACGGUCCUCUUUUAUGCUCAAAUUUUUCUUGUGAAUUCUAUAUUUGUAAAGUCUUGAUAUUGACACCCAAACACAAUCAAAUGUACCCAUUGUUAAAAAAAGAAAGUAGACUUUUCCAUCAAGUUUUGAUAGCGUUAUAAUGCAAUCAGCAGUUGGAUAGAUAACAAGACUUAAAAAUAAUCUGUUAACAUGGCUGAUGCAAAAUGUUCGUUGUAGAUCAUACACCUUAUUCAUACACCUUUUUCUGUUUUCAAAUACCUUCAAAUUAUAAAGUUAAAUUUUAGGUGAAUCUGGUGAGCCUGGCGUUUCUAAAAGUGCCUAUUUAAAUCCAUCCAGUGGAGCAAGUAGACUUCAAUCAUGUUAUUAAAUAUAAAAACUUUAUGAUAUUUCUUAUGUAAAUAUUUCUGAUAUCAGAGAGGAGUACACCAGUUGAUAAGUAAAAGCAAUAAUGGUAGUAUCCUCAGCUGAGGUGACAGGGUCUUAAAAGUUUUGUUUCAAGCUUGGUUUAUGUUUGAGAUUAAUACUGUGCAUUACGUCUGAACAUACGUCAAAUUCAAAAUAUUGAAAGUUUGCUUUAGAACUACUGUAUGUACAAAAUUAGUAGUAAAUAAAUGCCAUAUAUUCUA